GCGACCGGCCCUCUUACGCCGCUGCACUGAGCCGCGCUAUUCUCUAAACGCACGCGCCGCAGCGCGGCCGCUGGCGCUCGGGGAUCCCUUACGCCGAAUGCGUGGGGAGGCCGCCGGACGCGCGCACGCGCAGGAACCUUGCCUGGGUCGCCUGCGGGAGGGGGAGGCGGCGGCGGCAGCGGCGGCGGCGGCGGAGCAGAACAUGAAUGGAGCAAAAUGGCGGAUCAUGUGCAGAGUCUAGCCCAGCUAGAGAAUCUGUGCAAGCAACUGUAUGAGACAACGGACACCACUACACGGCUCCAGGCAGAGAAAGCCCUGGUGGAAUUUACUAAUAGCCCGGAUUGCUUGAACAAGUGCCAGCUUCUCCUUGAAAGAGGGAGUUCCUCAUAUUCCCAAUUAUUGGCAGCUACAUGCCUUACAAAACUGGUGUCACGCACAAACAACCCUUUGCCCUUGGAACAACGCAUAGACAUACGGAAUUAUGUGCUCAAUUACCUUGCUACCAGACCUAAGCUGGCCACAUUUGUUACACAAGCACUAAUUCAGCUCUAUGCUAGGAUCACAAAGCUGGGCUGGUUUGACUGUCAGAAGGAUGAAUAUGUUUUCAGAAACGUCAUCACUGAUGUCACAAGAUUUUUGCAGGACAGUGUUGAGCACUGCAUCAUAGGAGUGACAAUCUUGUCUCAGCUAACAAAUGAAAUUAAUCAAGUAAGUGCUUCAGCCUUCCUCGGUGAAGCAGACACUACACAUCCUUUGACCAAGCACAGGAAAAUUGCUUCCUCAUUCCGAGACUCAUCAUUGUUUGAUAUUUUUACACUCUCCUGCAAUUUAUUAAAACAGGCUUCAGGAAAAAACCUUAAUUUGAAUGACGAAAGUCAGCAUGGUCUUCUUAUGCAGCUUCUCAAGCUCACACACAAUUGUUUGAACUUUGACUUCAUUGGUACAUCAACAGAUGAGUCCUCCGACGACCUCUGCACAGUGCAGAUCCCCACCAGCUGGAGAUCAGCCUUUCUAGAUUCCUCCACCCUACAGUUGUUUUUCGAUCUGUACCAUUCCAUUCCUCCCACUUUUUCACCCCUGGUCUUGUCAUGUCUAGUGCAAAUUGCUUCCGUCCGGCGGUCCCUAUUUAAUAAUGCCGAAAGAGCCAAGUUCCUGUCACACCUGGUUGAUGGGGUCAAGCGCAUACUGGAGAAUCCCCAGAGCUUGUCGGACCCAAACAACUACCACGAAUUCUGUCGGCUUUUAGCUCGCCUGAAAAGCAAUUAUCAGCUAGGGGAGCUGGUAAAGGUAGAAAACUAUCCUGAGGUCAUCCGACUCAUCGCCAACUUCACGGUCACCAGCCUGCAGCACUGGGAGUUUGCGCCAAACAGCGUGCACUAUCUCCUCAGUCUAUGGCAACGGCUGGCAGCAUCUGUCCCCUAUGUUAAAGCCACCGAGCCGCACAUGCUGGAGACCUACACGCCAGAGGUUACCAAAGCAUACAUCACCUCCAGGCUCGAGUCCGUCCACAUCAUACUGAGAGAUGGCCUAGAAGAUCCACUGGAUGACACAGGUUUGGUGCAGCAGCAGCUCGACCAGCUCUCCACUAUUGGGCGCUGCGAAUACGAGAAGACCUGUGCCCUCCUAGUGCAGCUGUUCGACCAGUCCGCUCAGUCCUACCAGGAAUUGCUGCAGAGCGCCACGGCCAUCCCCAUGGAUGUGGCCGUUCAAGAAGGACGCCUCACCUGGCUUGUCUACAUCAUUGGGGCCGUGAUUGGCGGGCGAGUGUCCUUUGCCAGUACAGACGAGCAAGAUGCCAUGGAUGGCGAACUGGUCUGUCGGGUUCUUCAGCUCAUGAACUUGACCGAUUCACGCCUUGCUCAGGCGGGCAAUGAGAAGCUAGAGCUGGCCAUGCUGAGCUUCUUUGAACAGUUCCGAAAGAUUUACAUAGGAGACCAGGUGCAGAAAUCCUCUAAGCUGUAUCGCCGGCUCUCAGAAGUCCUGGGGCUGAACGAUGAGACCAUGGUGCUGAGCGUCUUCAUAGGAAAAAUAAUCACUAACUUGAAGUACUGGGGACGGUGUGAACCCAUCACCUCCAAGACGUUGCAGCUUCUCAAUGACCUCUCCAUUGGAUAUCCUUUUCUGCCGGCCUCCCUGGGCUCGGGCGGGCGCUUCAGCAGCGUUAGGAAACUGGUGAAACUGAGCGCUGUGCAGUUCAUGCUGAACAAUCACACGAGUGAGCACUUUUCUUUCUUGGGUAUUAACAAUCAAUCCAACCUGAGUGAUAUGAGAUGUCGGACUACUUUCUACACGGCACUUGGGCGCCUCCUCAUGGUGGACCUUGGGGAGGAUGAAGAUCAGUAUGAGCAAUUCAUGUUACCCCUUACUGCUGCCUUUGAAACAGUGGCACAGAUGUUCAGCACCAACACCUUCAAUGAGCAGGAGGCAAAGAGGACGCUGGUUGGCCUUGUGAGGGACCUGAGGGGAAUUGCCUUUGCCUUCAACGCCAAGACUAGUUUUAUGAUGCUCUUCGAGUGGAUCUACCCAGCCUACAUGCCAAUCUUGCAGCGGGCAGUUGAGCUCUGGUACCAUGACCCAGCCUGCACCACCCCUGUGCUCAAACUGAUGGCUGAGCUGGUACACAACAGGUCCCAGAGGCUGCAGUUCGAUGUCUCCUCCCCAAACGGCAUCCUGCUCUUCCGCGAGACAAGUAAAAUGAUAACUACCUACGGAAACCGUAUUCUGACUUUGGGGGAAGUUCCAAAAGAUCAGGUUUAUGCCUUGAAGCUCAAAGGGGUUUCCAUCUGCUUCUCCAUGCUAAAAGCCGCCCUGAGUGGCAGCUACGUCAACUUUGGUGUUUUCCGCCUCUAUGGGGACGAUGCCCUCGACAAUGCCUUGCAGACUUUCAUCAAGCUGCUGCUCUCCAUCCCACACAGCGACCUGCUGGAUUACCCUAAACUCAGCCAGUCCUACUAUUCGUUACUGGAAGUUCUUACUCAAGAUCACAUGAAUUUUAUAGCUAGCCUGGAGCCACACGUGAUCAUGUAUAUUCUGUCUUCCAUUUCAGAAGGUCUCACAGCACUAGAUACCAUGGUUUGCACUGGAUGCUGCUCCUGCUUAGACCACAUUGUCACUUAUCUCUUCAAGCAGCUCUCCCGCAGUACCAAAAAGAGGCCGGCCCCUUUGACCCAGGAAAGCGACCGGUUCCUCCACAUCAUGCAGCAGCACCCUGAGAUGAUUCAACAGAUGCUGUCCACAGUCUUGAAUAUCAUCAUAUUUGAAGACUGCAGGAACCAAUGGUCCAUGUCACGGCCUCUGCUUGGCUUGAUACUACUCAAUGAAAAGUAUUUUUCAGAUUUAAGGAAUAGCAUAGUAAACAGCCAGCCCCCCGAGAAGCAACAAGCAAUGCAUCUCUGCUUUGAAAAUCUCAUGGAAGGCAUUGAGCGGAAUCUGCUGACAAAGAAUCGUGAUAGGUUUACACAGAAUCUUUCUGCGUUUCGUCGAGAAGUAAACGAUUCCAUGAAAAAUUCCACCUACGGGGUAAACAGCAACGACAUGAUGAGCUGACGUCUCGCCAGGAGUUGCUCUCUGGGCCGAGGAGGUUAACUUUUCCGAUGGAAAGACACAAGGGCGUUUCCGAUCCCUGCUGGUCCUCCUUGGGGCUUAGGCUGCAGGAGGGGGGCGUAAAAGGUUCAUUCGGAGAGGGGUUUUUUCCUUGGGGAGGCACACUUGGCACCUCCCUGUGUGAAUGUCAGAGGAACCCUGUGUCCUGCCACAGCCUGCCUUGUAUAAACAUGUACAUUUUUUCAUAACAUUUUGAACAAGGUUUAUAUUGACUCAAGUUUAAAAAAAAGCGUGACUGAAAUUUUUACAUAGUGCACCAAUGCUAGAGCGAGGGUGGUAUGCGAGUGAAGAGUCUCCCGGCUACCUGCCACAUUACUGGGCAAGGGGUGUGAGAGUACAGAGUUAUAUUUAGUAACUAGUGUAGAGGCACAAGUGUAAAAUUCCAAAUGUAUAUUUUUCUUAUCUGCCCCUUCAACUUAGACCAUCCCUCCCCACCUUCCCUCAUUAGGAGCUCAAAGCCAUGCCACAUUCCUGCCCUUCCAAGUACACACACACACACACACACACACCCUGCACUAUCUUGGGAGAGGGGAGGACUUGGCCCUCUGGUGACAGCAGCAUCUGUGAACGACUCCUCACUGCAGCCCUGCUAACAGAGCAUCUUCUAGCUCUGGAAACGGUGGGCAGCUUCUCUCCCGCAAAGUGCACCCUAAAUCCUUCGGACAAAUCUCUUUUCCCACAAAAGCUGUGAGAACGUUUGUUAAAUGUUAAAUUUAGCGAAAACAACAGGGGAGACGGAUUUCCUUUGUCCCCGCCCGGCCCUUUGCUGCUAGUUUCCUGUCCCCCCAAGCCCAGAUCGAAUUGUAACCCGGUUUCUCUUCCCAAAUAGCAUCUCCUUGAGGGGGGAGGGGAGGGGAGGGGAGAAUUCUUUCCUCUGGCGAUUGUGUGCUGGGUCCUUUUUCUGCGACCAGGUUGCUGAAUGAUUUGUACGGAUGUUUGCCGCAUACAGUGUAAGCAUUGUGGCUGCAAAUAAAUUAAAGUGGUUUCUACUGAAUU